CUUCCACAGUCCCCUGUCCAUGAUGGAGAAGAAGAGGGUUUCUCCAAUGGGCGUUCUUGUUUUCACGGCUGCACUCUUGGCCGCUACUUCUUCAUCUGCAGAUGAUUCCAAAGGAACUUUUGCAGAUGAGUUCGAAAUGGCUUGCCCCGAUGACCAUUUUAAAACCUCCGAAGAUGGCCAGAUCUGGCAUCUGUCCCUUGACAAAGAUGCAGGAUGUGGGUUUCAGACAAAGGAGCGAUAUAGAUUUGGCUGGUUCAGCAUGAAACUGAAGUUGGUCGGAGGUGACUCUGCCGGUGUUGUCACAGCUUAUUACGUAGGUUCUUAUAACAAGCAAAAACUCAAGCUUGAGUUGAGCUUUCUUCUAUGGCUAAGACUGAAAUGCUUUUUGCAGAUGUGCACAGAGAAUGGGGCUGGACCGGAGAGAGAUGAGCUAGAUUUUGAGUUCUUGGGAAAUAGGAGUGGGCAGCCAUACCUGAUUCAGACCAAUGUGUACAAGAACGGGACUGGGAACCGUGAGAUGAGGCACAUUCUUUGGUUUGACCCCACAGAAGAGUUCCAUACAUAUUCCAUUCUGUGGAACGACCACCAGAUUGUGUUUUAUGUGGAUAAAGUACCAAUAAGGGUAUACAGGAACGCAGAUAAAGCAAACAACUUCUUCCCGAACGAGAAGCCCAUGUACCUGUUCUCGAGCAUCUGGAACGCAGAUGAUUGGGCGACGAGAGGUGGGCUGGAGAAGACGAACUGGACGAAGGCGCCAUUUGUAUCCUCAUAUAAGGAUUUCAGUGUGGAGGCCUGCCAAUGGGAAGACCCAUAUCCCAAAUGCGUAUCGACGACGACAGAGCAUUGGUGGGAUCAAUACGAGGCUUGGCAUCUCUCGGAUUCUCAGAAAAAGGACUACGCUUGGGUUCAGAGAAACCUUGUAAUCUAUGACUAUUGCAAGGAUAAGGAAAGGUUCCCAACUUUGCCUUGGGAGUGUUCAUUGAGUCCAUGGGAUUGAGAGAUUCGAGAAUUGAGAGCAAGGAAAGGCAAGCACCAUAUAAGAUUUUGUUCUCUUUUUGGCCUUUUUUUUUUUAAUCAAGCAGCACAAAGUAGAUGUUGUAUUUUGCUUGAUCUUAUCAGUCCCUUAUUUGAUUUAUUUAAUUUCUUCCUCUGUGAGAAUGCCCUAUAUUAUGAAACUUUCUUGAAACUUCAGUUCAUAAUGGAAUCAAAUUUAUGUCUAAUUUGAUCGCCUGAGACAAAGCCAAACGUUAUCAAGAGCAAUGUGUGAUAUUUGAGUUGGAUAAGCUAUUCAAUAACAAGAUCAAGAAAUUUUCAAAGAGAAGGAUACAAAGUUUUACGAAAACUUAUAAAAAGUGGCAUUCAACCUUGGCAGAGUGGAAUUCAAUCAGUUGCUGUUACAAAACUAGUUAUACUCACUGUUCUCUGAGGCCCCCUUUCUUAUCAAUGAACACACAGAAACAGAAAAUCAAACCAGUCAGAAAAGAGAAGGCGAAUUUUUUGAGGAAAUUUAGACAAGUCGAAAUUCAGAUGCUUUUGCUAAGAAAAUGUUGUUGCCAACGCUCUACCAACUUGGACGGGAAUUAUUCAGAAGAAGUAGAAAUCUCUUUGUACAAGAAAGAACGCCACAAUUAUUCAAAAUCUACCUCUUAAUCUUAUGAAUGUAUCCAAGGGUGUUAUUAAUUUGUCCCAGAGGCAACGUAUGUUGUCUUCGCAAGUUUUCUUUUUAAAUAAAUAAAUUAUAUUGCAAACAGAAACUAAUAGAUGAAUUCACUAUUCGUAGUCUGCAAAAUAUCAAAAUAUACACUCCUCAGAUGAUGAUGGAGAUGAGAAAAUGGAUUUUCUCUAUGAACGAAGUAUGAAAAUCUUUCAUAUUUAUAAUAAUUCCGUUUUUGUUUUUUUUUAAGACAAUUUUAAAACGAUUCUAAAUCUAUAUAGAAGAUGAAAUAAUUUGCUUAUAGAAAACAUAAAUAUAAACUUUAAAAACAUAAGAAAAUUAAGGCUCCGUAUAUAUCAAAUUCAGGAUUUUGAUAACACCAUUGAUUCUAUCCUAUUACAAAUUGGACGGUUUCUUUUUUAAAGAUGCCAAUUUUAGAAUAUAGUUGUCCUUUGUUGGAGAGAACAAAUGCUUCCAAUUUAUUUUACUAGAAAACGUUGAUAUAUUAUACAUUACAAAGAACAGUACACUUCAGCAGACAUUUGUAACAAAA